GCGGCGCGAGAAGAAAGCACACAGGCGCUAUAAAGCCGAAGAGUGUAGCGAACUUUUCAGCAAACAUCCCCACAACCCAAUUUGAAAAUAACGGCUGGAUUAAACUAACUACACCCGGAUAUCGUAUGCAAAACGGGAUUACUGAGAAGCUCACAGCUGAUGGCGCUAUCAUUACUUGUUGACAUGAAAGAUUUCUGUGUAAUUACUGAAGUGUAGGACUCAUUUCUUUUGCUGGAUCUUACCGGUGUACUGCAAACCUUCAUUUUUGCUUCUCAAAUGAUAUGCAGCAUACUGACUCGGCACUAUAUUACGACCUUGAGCUCUGAGGUUGCGCUCUGAAGACGACACAAAUGCCAGGAGUCAGUUCAAACGUGUCGCGCAAUAAGAAGUUGGAGAUGGAGGAGGAAUACGACCAAUAUCAGCACUAUUUCUACGACGACCACAACUUGGACGAGGACUUUUUCAAAUCGACCGCACCGAGUGAGGACAUUUGGAAGAAAUUCGAGCUCGUGCCAACCCCGCCCAUGUCGCCUGUCAGGAUACUGGAGGGUACCACCAGUCCAUCUGCAGGGGACCGAUUCGAGUGGGUGUCUCAGUUCUUGGGACAGGACGACGAGCAGGAUGGACAGUGCAAACUCAACGCGGAGGAGACUUUGGAAAACCUAAGCUCCAUCAUUAUUCAAGACUGUAUGUGGAGCAGUUUCUCCGCCAGUCAGCAGCAGCUGGAGAAAGUUGUCAGCGAGCGCCUGUCUUGUUCUGCGCAGACGAAACUUGCGAGCAAAGCGCAGUGCGUCCCCGCGGACUCGCCUGGUCUUAACAGCUUGACGACAGAUUGCGUGGAUCCCGCAGCUGUCCUUACCUUCCCUCUGAGCAGCAGCUGCAAGAAACAGGUGUCGUCCGGGUCAGAGUCUCGCACCGACUCCUCCGAUGAUGAAGAGAUUGAUGUUGUUACAGUAGAACACAAGCAGAACAAGUCAUGUUUGGUGAACACCCGUAAACCAGUCACCAUCACAGUUCGAGCAGACCCCUAUGACCCUUGCAUGAAGCGAUUCCACAUCUCCAUUCACCAGCAGCAACACAACUAUGCAGCUCGCUCGCCUGACAGUUAUCCUGAAGAUGACCCUCCUCGCAAGAAGAUCAGGCAAGAGACCUUACCGCCAUGGCCUGUUUCCACACCCCAAACCGCUGAGUGCAAACCCCCCAUAUCUUCCCUAACAUUCUCCGCCCCAUCUCCGACUGCUUCUGCCUGUCCAGCCCACACAUCCUACGACCUCAAAUCUCAACCAUCCAGCCCUCAGAGUUCAGACUGUGAGGAUACAGACAAGCGCAAGACACACAAUUUCCUGGAGCGGAAAAGACGUAAUGACCUUCGCUCUCGCUUUCUGGCUCUUCGGGAUGAGAUCCCAAGCCUUGUUGACUGUCCAAAGACACCCAAAGUUGUGAUCUUGACCAAGGCCACGGAAUACCUGCGUACACUGCAUGCCAGUGACAAACAGAAGGCUCAGGAGAAGAAGCGUCUUAAAAGCAGGCAACAGCAGUUACUGCGGAGGCUAGCAGAACUCAAACGUGCAUAAAAGCAGCCAGUCCAGCCAUUUUUUCAAUAGGAGCUGUGUAGAGUGGCUGUGUUUUGUCAAGACAUGGGGAUAUUAAAUGGAAUGCACUCUUUAUUUUAAGUUUAGGUUUUCAGCUUAAGUUUUUGCACAUUUGCCUUUGCAACUGGGGGGGGUGACGUACAUUACAGCAGAUGUAUGGAAGACGCGGUUUGGUGUUCCCCAUUCGACCACCCCCAUGCUUCAAUUUUUUCCAAAGAGGGGCGUUAUUUCUGAUAUUUUCUUUUGAAAUUGAAUGAUGUAAAGAGAACACCCAUUCUCUCAUAAGAGCUAAAGAUGAAAUUAUUUAGGUGGUGAUAUAUUAUUUCAUUGACUUAGCAUGCCAAGUUAGGCAUUAUUGGAAAUGUAGCCAUUUAAAUGCAUGUGAAAUCGAUCUCAUAUACCAAGGUUUUUGUGGCAAAAUCUUGACGUUAUCUGGUUUAAUAUAGUUAAGGGUCUAUGAUCAAUGUACCUUCUUCGUUGAUGGUGCUUUGUUACUUAAAUUAACUCUAAAGGAGAGCUGUGUGCCCCCAUUGCCACUUGAUGACUGUGUAAGUUUAACAGGCAGGAAGUUGGAUCACUGAUAGUUUGUUAUACUUUUUUUUUUUUUUGUGAAAUGUAUAUUAUUAUUCUAAUGAACAUUCAGGACAGUGUCCAGCACAGCUUUGCAGUGUAUAUUAACUCUGGAAUAUUCUUUGGACAUAUCUGUAUAUAAUAAUAGUUGAUGUACAGGUCAUUGUGUAAAAAUACAUACAUUGUGUUUGAACAUGAAAAGUACUGUUAAUAGGCUUUAUUUUCUAUUUUUCUGUCGUUUUGUUCUAAAACUUGGUUGGCCCAACUGCCUUCCCUAAGAGUAUCUCAAAGUUUCUAUUUUUGUUAAGAAAAGUAAAUAAAAAUAAUUAAAAAAAGAAUUAAUAAAAUAACACUAUCAACAUUUCAUUUUCAUCACUAGCCACUUUGUUAUGCUGUUUUUAACUGCCUGUUCCCUUGUGUUCUGACUUUUUUUGGGCUCAUGAAAGCAUUUUUGUACCGAUUAUAUUUUCAUUCACUGUCAUUGUUUGAUUUCUAUUUGAAUAUAAAGUUCCACUGGUGGCAUAUGCAUACUUUCCCCCAAAUGUGGCCAUCAAACCAAAUACUUCUAAACCGAAGCCUACUCACACGUUUAUUUGCAAUACCCUAGUAUGCAAUUAUUUUUAAGAAAAGGGGCCAUUUGUUCACUACAAUCAUUACUGAUAGAUUUAUUGGCUCAUAAUUGUAUACUUUCAUCUGGGAAACUGAAUGGCUUAAAAGGUUGAAAUGGAUGCCACUUGACACCAGAUAGCAUAUGCCAGCAGUAACCCAUUGUGUUUUAUUUUUUAUUUAUUUUGUUUAUUUACUUUGGUCCUUGUCAUCAGGUGUCAUACUGGAAGAUGAAUGGCAACAGCAUUGUCUAAGCACUUUGUGUUCUGUACCUCAUAAGCCUAUAUACAUUAACUCAAAAUUGGAUAGUAAAUAAAUUCAGUU